CAGCAAAGAGACCAAUCAAACAUGCCCAUAAAUGAUGUGGCUGCAGCUUUAAUCUACACAGAGCACGGCAACGGCAAGCACGUCAAGCCACAACCAACAACAACUGCAUCAACAACGGGAGCAACAGCUGCAGCAGCUGCCAUGACCAACUCAUCCAAGUCGGAUGUGAUUGCUGGUGCUGCAGCAGCUGCAGCUCAGCUUGGCAACAUGUUGGCGCCAGCUCUGAGCAGCAUGCAGGGUCAGAAGUGGCAGCAGGUCUUUGAUCUGGACAAAAUGAUCAAACAGCUGCGCGCAGCGGAGAAGACGCAGCUGCGUGGCAACAGCAAAGCAUCGGCUGCUGGCGGUGGUGUUGCGCCACAUGUGGUGCAGGUGCAACGUUUGAACGCCUCUGAUAUGGCUUACUACGACAUGGUGCCAAAGCUGGCGACACGCGACAUUGUUGUGUGCAACGCCUGCAAUGGCAGCUACACCAAGGCCGGUUUCAACAAUCACAUAGCACUGCAGCAUCCCAGCAUUUGGGAUGCGGCAUCCAACAAGCUGAACAGCAAUGCCACCGGCGCCACAGCAGCAACGGUUUCUGCUGUCGCUGAUAGCAGUCAGGAUGGUGAGCUGUUGGGCUCACCGACGGAUACGCUGUCAGCGACAAUGUCCAGCUGCUCGAAUGGCUCCAGCAGCUCCUUAGCAGCUAUCAAUAAUAAUAAUAAUAUCAGUUCGGCCUCGUCUUCGUCGUCGUCGCGUCAUAAAAGCAGCAGCAGCAAGAGUAGCAGUUCCUCAAAGACCGGCAGCAGCAGCAGCAACAGCAGCAGCAGCACUGGUCGUUCACGUUCCAAGUCAUCCAAGAAUCGCCAUCAUUCGGAUGUGCAUCACACCAAGGUGGGUGGCUCCAAGAAGAGCAGUGCCAUAGCAACAGCUGCAACAGCACCUGCACCAGUUGCACCUGUUGCAUCCGUAUCCGCAUCAGCAGCGACUGUGGCUGCCAUCAAGGAGGAGCUGCCAACAGCUGCGCAACCCGCUAUAACUGUCUUCUCCUCGUCAUCGAAUUCGUCGUGCUCGCUGCCACCGACGCCGGCAACUGUUGCCGGCAAUGGAAACGGCAACGAGCAUGGCAUCAACUACUCACCCGCCAACAACAUGCUGGACGAGCAGCAGCCAAGCAAAAAGAAGCUGAAAACUACAGGAGCAAGUGAAGCAACAUCUCAUCAUCGCAGCAAACCCGCCAAGGAGAAGCAAUUGGCCCCGCUCUACGAACAGCAGCAGCAACAGCUAAGCGAAUUGGAUCAGGCUGUCUCCUCUAUCACUGGCCAGGUGAAUGUGGAGCCACAGCACCUGCAGCAACGCCAUCAAGUCGACUUGUCCGCCGUCACCGACGAGUCACUGCCUAUAAUGCAUAAUACAUCCGAUGACAAUUCCAUAUCGCUGACACUCGAUAUGCUGGAUAGCAAGUUCAUCAAUGAAAUACUGAACACUGUCGAAUCGGAUAUACCCUUCGAUGAGAGCGCGCUGGACACAUCGCAACAGCAACAGCAGCAGCAGCAGCAGCAACAACAGCAGCAACAGUUGGCAGCGGAACAGCUGGAGCCAAAUACGAAGCGCUUGCGCUUUGAUGAUGGCACAAUUCAUGCCGAUGCAGCCGACUAUGCAGCUGCACUCUAUCAGCAGCAGCAGCAGCAGCAGCAGCAUGGGCAACAGGUGUACAACGAGGAGCCACAGCAGACACAACUGACUGCCAUGGAUGCGAUGCAGCUGCAGCAGCUGAUCUACCAGCAACAGCAAAUGCUCGAGCAGGCAGAUCAGCAACAACAACAGCAGCAGCAGCAGCAACAACAGCAACAGCAAUUGAAGCAGGAGGAACUGCAGGCAGAGGCGACGGCACAAUUUAGCGUAUACAAUGUGCCCUCGCUGACAGACGAUGCUGAUGAGGCAGCACAGGUGGCCACCGACGAGCAAUUGAUGCUGCCCAGCAUUAUCUAUGAGAUUACCGACAAUAACCAGGUGUCCGUCUUGGAUCAGCAGAGCCAGCAGCAGGUCAUAGCAGAGUUUCUCACACAAGCGGGCUACGACAAUGUCGAUGUGAAUGUGAACGUGUUGCAGGAGGGAGUUAAUGUCGGCGGCGGCAAUCAUAUGCACGAUGAACUGGGCGAUUUUGAUUUUAGCAAACUGGAGACUGUUAGCGCGGAAGCCAACAACCACACAAAGACUGUCAAGCUGGAAAACAACCAGCCACAACAACAACAACAACCACUGCAACCACUGCAACCAACAGCUAGCAACAGCAAUGGCUUCAAUAGCUUCGAAAGCGUGUUGCCUGCACAGCCACAUCGCCAAUUGGCUAAUGCCAAAUACCAUGAGGAUUCAACGUACUUUAAUAUGACUCUAUACGCAGGUCCGCCUCGCCCCCUGGCCAUGAACACCUUUGGCCUGGUCAAGCUGCCCAAUGGCAUGGGCGCCACGCUCCGUAAGAAUCUUCUAACGACCCGCAAGGCCAACAAUAGUUUGCUAUCGCUCAAUGGUAGCAGCGGAGUUGUGGGCACCUUAGCGCGUGCCCCACCACCGCCACCGACUGUUAAUUGCAAUGGUAGCAACGGCUCGCAGCAACUGUUGCUGCCACGUGUUACUGCCAGCCAGGGCAAAACAAUCUAUGCCCAAAGAUGCAGCGUCAUAGCGCAGGAACGACUCCGAUGCAACAAGCGAGCGUUGCUCAAUAAACUAAGCAACGGAAGCAGCAACAGCACUGGCAACAUGACCGUAAAGCGCCUACAUGAGCUGCUGACGGGCAAACUGAAGCCGGACAGGGAAAAGGACAAAGAGAAAGCAGAAUACAGCGAAGCCGGCGAACAACAGCAACAGCAGCAGCAGCCGCAGCAGCAGGAGGAGAAUAAGCGCAUGCUCAGUUUCUAUGAGAAACGGCGCAAGUUGCUAGCAGCUCGACAGCAUCGACCAUUGCUUAUUGGCAGCAGCAGCAGCAACAAUCGCUCACUUAUGCGUCGACGACCUAUGCAUUUACCGCUGCAGUUGCACGGCAACCACAACAACGGCCACAAUAACAACAACGCCAUUGGCAGUCCGCAGCAACAGUUGCUGAAGAAACAGCUGCUGCGCACACUGUCAGACAGCAGCAACAUUCAAGUGACGGCAACUGCUACGGCUGCAACUGUUGGCGGCAAUGGCAGCAGCAACAACAAUCCGUGGAAGAGUAACAGUUCGACGCCAGGCAGCAACUCGGCGGGCAGCGAUCUAAUGCGUGUAUUUGUCUGAAUAUAUAUACAAAUACAUAUACAUUAUACAAAAUAUGCUAAAUG